AUGGCAAUCACAGGAAUUGUGAUGAUGGCAAAUGCAGAUGGUUUCCAGGGAGAUUCAAUCAUUGGGGUGGCAUAUGCUGUGGGAUCAGCCUCCACAUCUGCCUUGAAUAAGGUUUUGUUCAAAAUGUUCCUUGGAAGUGCAAACUUGGGGUAAGCAGCUCAUUUUGUGUCCACCCUGGGCUUCUUCAAUUUCAUCUUCAUCUCUGUCACCCCAAUCAUACUGUAUUUUACAAAAGUGGAGUAUUGGUACCCUUUCUCUGCUGUGCCCUGGGGUUACCUGUGUGGAGUAGCUGGCCUCUGGCUGGCUUUCAAUAUCCUGGUUAACGUUGGUGUCGUGCUCACGUACCCCAUCCUGUUCUCCAUCGGCACAGUGCUCAGCGUCCCUGGAAAUGCAGCCGUGGAUCUGGUGAAGCACAAAAUGAUCUUCAGCGUGGUGAGGUUGGGAGCCACCAUCAUCAUCUGCAUCGGGUUCCUGCUCAUGCUGCUCCCCGAGGAAUGGGAUGAGAUAACCCUGAGGUUCAUCAACAGCCUGAAGGAGAAGAAGAGUGAGGAUCACGCCGACGAGAUCCCAGAGUCCAGCGUACACACGAGGAGCAGGAGCAGAGCUAACGGGACAGUGUCUGUACCACUGGCUUAGGGCUGGUGGACCUCCCCUGCAUGCAGAUGUAUAUUCUGUGAAUACAGCUGAAAUCCCCUCACCACCUGUAUGCUUAAAAAAAAAUGACAUUUAACCUGAACAAGGGAUGGACUGUAAGAUAAGAGAAAUACAUCUAUAAUAAAUGUUUACAUUUAUACACUUA